AUGGCCACUGAGAUCCGUAUCAUUGUACUAGAUGUUGGUCAUUUAGAUAAAGUUGUAAGACGUUAUGAGAAAGGGUGGGUAGUUCGGUUUGUUUGUGGACCUUCGCUUCUUGGAUCAAAAGUUGUUCUGAGGACAAGCUUGACCGGAGAAACGCCGUUGAAAUGGAAUGAGGGACUUGAUCAAACAAGUAAUUUCAUUGAUGUAAUCUGCGAUCAAGCUGGUUCUUUUAAGUACUCUUUCGAGCUGAAUGAAGAAGAAAAAACGAAAGGAAGCGGGUAUUUUUUGGUGAUGCCAACGUUAGCCAUUAACGGAGAAGUUUUACCUAAUGGUGCAGUGGUAUGUCAAACGUACUUGACAAAACUGUUAGGAGCUUUACCAGAGUGGGAAAAGAGGCUUUCUUUUGCAGCUGAAUCUGGAUAUAAUAUGAUACAUCUUACUCCGAUACACGAGUUGGGGAUAUCUAACAGCAGUUAUUCCCUGUCUGAUCAUCAUGGAUUAAUUCAAACAAUGCAUACUGAUGAAAAGCGUUUUACUUUGACCGAUGUAGAUGUGACUGUUAAGAAUCUAGAGAAACAGUAUGGUUUAUUAACAGUUCAAGAUGUCGUUUGGAAUCAUGCUGCGAAAAAUUCCAAUUGGCUCCAGGAGCAUCCCGAGUGUUCGUAUAACUGUUGGAACAGUCCUCAUUUACGACCAGCUUAUGUUAUCGAUAGAAUUUAUCAUUACUUCAGUAGAGAAGUUGCACAGGGGAUAUGGGAAUCGAGGGGAAUCCCAGCCAUUGUAGACAACGACAAUCAUCUUCAGGCUAUUGACUAUGUAUUGCGAAAUGAAGUCCUCCCUAAAGGUCGUAUACACGAAUUCUUUGAAAUUGAUGUACAUAACCAUGUGGAAACGUUCAAAAACAAGAGUAAAAGUGAACUGAUUUCCUCAUGCUCAACUGGAUCGGUUAGAAGAGUUGCAGACCCUCAGUGGAAGAGAUUCGGUUCUACCAUUGAUUGGACAAUUGCACUGAAAGUAUUCAAUACUGAGCAACCAGGUUGCUCAUCUGAAGAAGAACGAAUAGAAAUCUGCUCUUCAAAUUUCAAAAAUCAUUUGCUUCACUUGAAUGAAGAAGCAAGAAAGUACGCCGCUGAAGCUGUGAAUGAAGGAUUGAAUGCGGUCAUGGGUCAUAUCACUUACGAACGAUGUGCUGAUCACGGACCCCACAAGGGUAGAGUAUGUGAGAAGGAACCUUUGACAACAGAUUAUUUCUUAUCGCUUUACGCUGAGAAAAGCUGGGAAGAUGAUGAAAAUCUAGCUUAUUCUGAGAAAACAGCAUCUCAUCUCAUGGCUUUCAAUGGCUGGGUUAUGAGCAGCAACGUUCUGCAAAACUUUGCUUUGAGUGAUAGCCAGGUUUACUUACGACGACAAUUAGUAUGUUGGGGCGAUUCUGUCAAGUUGAACUAUGGGGAGAGACCUGAAGACUGUCCCUAUCUGUGGAGCUACAUGAAAGAGUAUACGGAGAGUUGUGCGCGGAUAUUUCAUGGAGUACGUAUAGAUAAUGCUCAUGGGACACCAAUCCAUGUAGCGGAGUAUCUUUUACGUGCUGCCCGUAUGGUUCGAUCAGAUUUAUAUGUUUUUGCUGAGUUGUUCACCGGAAGUGAAGACUUAGAUAAUAUGUUCGUGAAUCGUCUAGGCAUUUCAGCAUUGAUAAGAGAGGCUGAGUCUGCGCAUGAUAGUCAUGAACAAGGACGUCUUGUUUUCCGAUAUUCCGGGGAUUGUGUUGGUGCUCUGAUUCAGAAAUCGGCUCGUUUAGCUCCUUCCGUUGUUGCUAAUGGUUUGUUUUUUGAUCAAACACAUGACAACCCUAGCCCUAUUCAGGUGAGAUCCGUGCAUGAUGUACUUCCAACGGCUGCCAUGGUUUCUAUGGCAACUUGCGCUACAGGUUCAACCAGAGGAUAUGAUGAACUUGUUCCUUUUCCGAUCAAUGUAGUUACUGAAACUCGGCCUUAUCAUAUAUAUGAGAAAAGCAGUUUAGAAACUGUUGGGAUCGUUAAAGCUAGAAAGUUGUUGAAUGAUUUACAUGUUCAUCUUUCGAAAAACAACUACUCCCAGGUUUUUGUUGAUCAAAUGAAUCCUGAUGUUGUUGCCAUCACCAGACACAACCCUAUAAACCAUUCGACUAUCAUCGUAGUCAGUCAUACACUUUUCGAUAAAAAUGCUUUCAAGCAUGGAGUGAACGUCAAACAUAUACCAAUCGGAGGGGUUCUCGAAGAAGUUAUGUUUGAAAUGAGAGUAGUAGAAAGUAAUUCCACGAUGGAAUAUGAUCCCAGCGGCAGUAUUACAGGGCUGACCAAUUAUAAAACAGAUAUCCGGGAGAAUUUAACAAUCCAUGAUUCUCACAUGGCAACUAAACAUGGUGAUCAUAUUGAGCUUUCUAACUUCCCUAGUGGAUCAGUCAUCGGUUUUAAAGUUCGUCUAGCAGAUGAUCAACUAGCCGCCAUAAACGAAAUUCGUGAUAUUCUGAGCAGAAACCGCAUCACAGAACUACUGAAUGAAUUGGAGGCUCUAACUCUUCUAGAUUUCAAUCAUCUGUUGUUCUGUUGUUCCCAAGAAGAUCAGGUUAACGUAGGAGUCAACCCUUACGAUGUACCGAAUUUCGGAACAUUUGUGUAUGGAGGAUUGCAUGGAAUCGUCACUGUUCUAAAGAAAAUCAGGGAAAGUAAUGAUUUAGGACAUCCUUUGUGCAGCAACAUCAGAGAUGGCCUCUGGCUAGUGGGAUUCAUAGUUAAUCGGUUGAGAAAAUAUAAUGGUCUCGAAAAGAUUGCUGAUAUUUGCGAUAAAUGGCUUGGCCUACUUGAUAAAGUCCCAUAUUAUUUGAGACCAUCCUAUUUUGAAUCUGUUCUAUCUCUCAUAUAUGAUAAUGCGCGUUCUGUGCUUCUUAAAAAGUUGAAAUGUGAGUCGUCAUCUUUAAUCAAAAUGCUCGCUCUAUCGACAGUGUCGUUAGUUGGAAUAGUAAAAGAUGCUCACUUAGCUCCUUUGCAUUCCUCGAUCACUGGACCAUCGUGCUCUCUUGCAGCAGGAUUAACUCAUUUUGCUACUGGAAUAUGGAGAAAUUGGGGUAGAGACACGUUUAUUGCUCUACCUGGAUGUCUUCUCCUUACUAACCGGUUUGAAGAUGCUCGGAGAAUCAUACUUUCUUUCGCAGGCUGCUUAAGGCAUGGAUUGAUUCCAAAUCUUCUAGCUGAAGGCAUUGGUGCAAGGUACAAUUGUAGAGAUGCUGUUUGGUUCUGGCUCUACUCAAUUGCACGAUAUACCGAAAUUGUACCUAAUGGUGUUUCCAUUUUGAGCGAUACGGUUCUAAGAAUUUAUCCUGAAGACAGCACAAUCUACGGUGAAAGCACUCGAGAAGAACUUCUGAUAGACACUAUGUACGAAGCACUCCAGAGACAUUUCUCCGGAAUAUCUUAUCGAGAACGUAAUGCCGGUCAUACGAUUGAUGAACAAAUGCUAGAUGAAGGAUUCAAUGUGAAAGUGUGGGUAGAUAAAUCAACAGGCUUUGUCCAUGGUGGAAAUCAAUAUAAUUGCGGAACGUGGAUGGAUAAAAUGGGAAGUAGUGUUAAGGCAGGUAAUAAAGGAUUGCCUGCAACACCAAGAGAUGGAGCCGCUGUUGAGUUACAAGGGUUGGCAGCCUCGGUUCUGUCACAUUUUCAUAAGUGGGCAACUGAUGGUACUAUUCAGUUUAAAACUGUCACACAUGAUGAUCUGAGCUGGACAUGGGAUGAAUGGCUUCAGAAAAUACACCAGAGUUUCCAGCAGAAUUUCUAUAUUUCGCAAUCAUGUACUGAUAAGUAUGUUAACAGAAGAGAUAUCAUCAAGGAUACAGUGGGAUCUUCACUAGGAUAUACUGAUUUUCAGUUAAGGUGUAAUUAUCCCAUCGCCCUCGCAGUGCAUCCUGAAAUAUUAGACCCCCUUCUCUCUUGGAAAGCUCUAAACACAGCCGCGGAACACCUUACAGGUCCUCUCGGAAUGAAAACAUUGGACCCAAGUGACUGGGAGUAUAAUGGAUAUUACAACAAUUCCGACGAUAGUGAUAGUAAGCAAACAGCGAGAGGAUGGAACUAUCAUCAAGGACCGGAAUGGCUUUGGGUGGCUGGAACUUAUCUGAAGGCCAGAUUGAGAGUAGCUAAGAUUCUGGGAGGGGAAUAUUUGGUAGAUGCUGAAGCCGAAGUUCAAAGAAAACUGGGAGCUUAUUACCGAUAUCUGCAGAAUUCAUCCUGGGGUUCUCUUCCCGAGUUAACUCAGAAAGAUGGGGCCGAAUGCUAUGAUAGUUGCGCUGCGCAAGCGUGGUCUAUCAGUUGUUUACUAGAAGUUUGCCUACUCUUAGGUUCAUAA